AUGAGCAUCGCCGACAGCCACGCCAUCGGGAGAGCGUUGCACGAGGUGGUGGAUACUCUGAGCUCAUGGAGCAACAGGUCCAGCUUAGUGCUCGACAUCAGCGUCCACUCGCCCAGUGAUUCGGCGUAUUGGUUCAAGUACCUGACUUUUGAGCCCGAUCACCCGUUCAACCAGAGAGAUGACUACAUCAGUGACGACAGUGACGACAGCGACUACAGCCAGCGCCAAGGGAGUGACAAUGAGAUUUUCAUUACUGACCGCGCAGUCGGUAAAGUGUUCGAUCCAAUCCAGGUAAAAGGACCAUUUGAUACAAUAAAGGAAGAGAACGAAUGGUGGCUGGGCAUGCCCCUGGCUCCGGCAGUGACGGCGGUGCUUCUUCGCCAGCAGACUCGAAGGCGAUGGUCACCAAGAACGCUACUGCUGCUGUUGUCACGGUUUCCCAGACUGCGAGAAAUCCACUACGAGCCCUGGAGAGAGGGGCUGACCCGUCGUUGUUCUUACUCUACAGACUACAAAACGUUCUUUCAACUCGUUGCCCCUUCGCGUUUGAGAAAACUCGUCAUCUUCGAGAACUUCCAUCAGCGCUGCCUCAAGCUCGAGCAGAUCUCCGCGUCCUUCAUUAUAGACGCUAAACAUUUCUUCGAGGCCCGCGGCCGUGGCUCGGAGUGGGCGUCUUUGAAAACGCUCGUCCUCACUUCGCAGCUGCUCGAGCCCCUCGGCGCUCAGCCCAAGAUCACCACCAUGUUAGUCCGAGCAGCCCGCGCGGCCUUGAGUAUGCCCAAACUUGAACUCAUGGAGAUUUGGAAUGGACAGCGAGGGGUGGCGGCCGUCUUUCGAUACCAGACGUCACGGUACAAGGCGAGCAGCGCGGGGAAACAGCGACCUACCGUGAUGACCUGGAGAGGGACAUGGAUGUUUAAACUCGAGGUUCCUUUGAUCCAGGCUUGGGAGCAUGUCACAUACAAGCUUCAUGGCAACGUAUUGCUGGUCAAGAGAGAGCCGUUGAGUGGCAGAUUGAUCCAGUCUCAUGCAGACGCAAUUCACCGUUUGGAGCUAGCGGAAUUGGUAAUUCGGCCUGUUUCGCAGCGGCAGAUUCGAGCUGAGCACAUGGCUGGAGAAGAUGUGUUUUUGGUUCUUUCGAGUUGAUUGGCCG